AUGGAGAGCGGGGGCGCGAGGGAGCAGCAGCCAUGGCGCUACAGCUGCAACUUCGCGUGGCCGCCGCGCUCCUACACCUGCAGCUUCUGCAAGAGGGAGUUCCGGUCCGCGCAGGCCCUCGGUGGCCACAUGAAUGUCCACCGCAGGGACAGGGCCAGGCUCCGCCACGGCUCCCCACCUCCUCCUCCUCAGCUUGCUGCUGCUGCUGGUGGAAGCCCUAACCCUAGACGGGCAGCAGCAGCAGCAGCCAUCCCCAACCUCAACUAUCCUCCUCCACCACCGGCGCCGCAGCCAUCCCUGUACAAUGAGCGCUCGUCGGCGGCUGCGGCGGACACGAGGGCGUUAGAGUUGAGCCUGGAGCUAGGGUUGGAGGCUGGUGUGCAGUCCUGCACCAAGGAGGAAGAUGAUGGUCUGGAUCUUGAGCUUAGGCUCGGCUGCUCUUGA